AUGCCGGCGGGCGCCAGGUUCCAGCGGCGGCGGCGGCAGCUGCAGCCCCGGCCGCGGCAGCCUCUCCUCUGGCCGAUGAACGCGGACCCGCCGCCGCCGCCCUGGCUGUGGCUGGUCCCGGGCUCGGCCGGGCUGCUGCGGGCUCGGCGCGGGGGUCGCGCCCCGCCGGUGCUGCUCCGCCGCCCAGCCCCCGGGCCUGCCGCGCUGGGGUCCGCGCUUGGGCCGGCUGCCGGCUGGGCGGCCCGCGAGCCGCUGCUGCCGCUGCUGCCGCCGCCCUCCGCGCCGGACCACGCCGCCGCGCACCGCCUGCUGCACGGGCAGUGGCUGCUGGGGGGCCCUUCCAUGUCCCUGGGUCUGCCCCCCGCUUCUGCUGUGGAACUGGUGCCUCUUUUCCCACAUGUCGGCCCUUCUGCUCUUCCACCUCCUGUUGGGAAAAGUUGGAUAGACAAAAGGAUACCUAAUUGUAAGAUCUUCCUCAAUAACUCCUUUGCUCUGGACUCAACGUGGGUGCACCCAGAGGACUCAAGGUUGUUCCAUGGGCACGAGAAGCCUCACCUGCUGGCCAAUCAGGUGGCGGUGUCCCUGUCCAGGUCAGCUGCUGUCUCCAGGCCGCUCCCCACGGUGGUGUUAGCAUCUCAGCCUAUUCCAGGUGGCUGCCACAACAGCCUUAAGCCGCUCAGCAAUGGGCCCACAAUCGCCAUCGCUGCCGCCGCUGCCGCCGCCGCCGCUGCCAUGGUCUCUGUGGACCCCGAGGGCCUCCGGGCCCCGUCACCCUCCAGCGUCAUGCAGCCGUGCCACUUCCUGACCUUGGCACCCAUCAGAAUACCCCUGCGGACGGCCCCCUUCGCAGAUACAAGUAAGGAGCUGUGCCGCCGCGCGCCCCGCCCCCCCGCCCUGGUGCUGCACGCGGAGAGGAAGAGCCGGGCCGGAGACAAGGAGGACAAGGAGCCCCCGCCGAUGCUCGGGAGAGGAGAAGACAGCGCGGCCAGAGGCAGCCGGCCCGUGGCCUCCACCCCCGUGCCCGGAUCCCCCUGGUGCGUGGUCUGGACGGGAGACGACCGGGUUUUCUUCUUCAACCCGACCAUGCAGCUGUCCGUCUGGGAGAAGCCCACGGACCUGAGGAACCGCGGGGACCUCAACAGGAUCAUCGAAGACCCGCCCCACAAGCGCAAGCUGGAGGCCGCAGCAGCCCAUGACAGCGAUGGAUCUGGUUCGGAAGACGGCAGGGACGACCAGGACGUGAAAACCAAGCGGAACCGGACCGAAGGCCGAGAGAGCCCAGAGCCGGCGGAGGCCGGGAAGGAGGACGGAGGCGCGAGGACGCCGCCGCCCCAGGUCCUGCUGCCCCUGGAGGAGCGCGCCGCCCACUUCCGAGACAUGCUGCUGGAGCGCGGGGUGUCCGCGUUUUCCACCUGGGAGAAAGAGCUGCACAAAAUCGUGUUUGACCCCCGCUACCUGCUGCUGAACUCCGAGGAGCGGAAACAGAUAUUUGAACAGUUUGUCAAGACAAGAAUAAAAGAAGAAUACAAGGAAAAGAAAAGUAAAUUGCUGCUAGCCAAAGAAGAAUUCAAAAAGCUUCUAGAGGAAUCUAAAGUGUCACCCAGGACCACGUUUAAGGAGUUCGCCGAGAAACACGGCCGCGACCAGAGGUUUCGGCUUGUCCAGAAAAGGAAGGACCAGGAGCAUUUUUUCAACCAAUUCAUACUUAUUCUUAAGAAACGGGACAAGGAAAACAGACUGAGGCUGCGGAAAAUGAGAUGAAUCUGUGAAAAUGCAAUAAGACCCCGGGGGUGGGCACGGGGGUGUGUGCCGGGACGAGGGGUCACACACGGCUCGGGCAGAGGCGGGCAGCGCAGG